AUGGGAAAAGCAAUCAAAUUUUACCCUUCACAAGUCAAAAUUCGCCUCGAAAAUGGGCUGGCUCAGAAAUAUUCUCUCAUCAUUGGAUGCGUAUUUUUGACGAGUGCUUUAUCGCUUUGGGUGAUCAACGAGUUUGUCGGAGAGAAAACUCACGCACAUUCCUGGUUCUAUGAAUCGCAAAGUUUGGAGGAAACGGAGAGUUGUCAGAGUACUGAUCCAAGUCCAUUAGUGAUCAUUUCGUUUGACGGUUUAGCUGAAGAAUAUCUCAAUCGAGGGAUUCUCGAAAAUCUUGAUCUCAUGGCCGAAAGGGGUGUACGAGCGGAGCACGUUAAACCCGUUUUCCCCUCAAAAACCCUUCCCAAUCAUUACACAAUGAUGACCGGGCUUUAUCCAGGAUACCAUGGAAUUAUCGAGAAUUGGAUCUACGAUCCAUCAUUGUCUCCAAAUUUUGUGGACGUUCGAAAAACGCAUCUCUACGAUUUUUACACAAACGGUGAACCAAUCUGGUCAACUUAUCGCCGCCAAACUGGGAAACGUGUCUCUUGUCUUUACUAUCCAGGAUGUUAUCAUUAUCCGUAUCAUCGACCCGAUGUGACAGAGAUCUUCGAAAAUGUCCCAAUGGAGCAUGUGUUUAAUCGAAUAAUCGGUGAGAUUUUGAAGCCAAAAGAGCUCCGACCUGGUCUCGUCAUUGGAUAUAUUAAUGAACCGGAUGAAACGAGACAUCUAGCAAAGAAAGAUUCACCUGAACUUACCGUAAUCUUGAAACGUCUGAAUGAGGCAAUCGGCACUUUCUUCAAUGUUCUCCACAAAGCAAAUCGUCUCUCUUGCACAAAUAUUGUCUUUUUCUCGGAUCAUGGUUUCACAAAUCAAGAUCAAGUCGUCAACGCAACUCGUUUCCCCGUCGAGUACAAAUACGCAUUCGGUGAUGCAAUUGCUCGUUAUUAUUUGCCUGAUGGAGGCUUAUCAUCAGUUAAAGCUAUCGAAAGCCUCAAGAAUGAUCCUCAACGAUCGCAUUUCCGAGUCUACAAUCGAGAAACUUUACCGCCAAGAUUUCACUAUUCGAUAUCAAAACGUGUUGGCGAUUUGCUCGUUGUCGGCGAUCCGGGGACAAGAGUCGGAUUUUAUCCUUAUCCAAAAACGCCGCGAGUGAAUCUAGGAAGCAAUCACGGAUGGGAUUACAUUUUGCCGGAGAUGAACACCGUUUUCUUCGCGAUGGGACCCGCGUUCAAGCGGGCCAAAGUGGUGCCCGCAUUUCAAGUCAUCGAAUACUAUAAUCUAUUCGCAAACAUUCUACAAAUAGAUCCUAAGCCAAACAAUGGAACCGAGGGAGCUCUAUGGAACACAUUAAAGGAAUCGAUAAAACGAAUCGAUCCACUAUAUGAAAAUGACAAGGAAAUCAGUGCCUGUAUAGGACUCGAAACAAUCCGUUUUCCAUUGGAUCAAGACGGGUCCCAACAAUUUUGUCAUCAUCAAAUCAACGAUAACACCUUUGUGAUCGAUUCUGGAAACGAAAAGAUCGUUCUCGAAAUGGUUACCUCAUCUAUGGAAGUGAAUGGAAAUGAUUUGGUCGGUGAUGGACAAGGAAUAUUAGCUGUCGGUGAUGGCUUAAGCUCUCAAAAAUCGCUCCUUUUCCCGGCCGAUCCUCAAUUCUUGAACACAUUCUGGAGAGCUCUACAAAAAGAAACAAAAAGUUACAUUGAACGAUUCAAUCGACUUUUGAUCAUUACCGGAUUACUGAAAGAACGAGAUGGUCCCGUGGACACGUAUUUCUUUCGCAUUUUCAUUCGUUGCGAUGGUGAAUGGGACGGAUUUACUUGUGCAAAUGAUGAACUCACAAAAACGCUCGCUUUCUUGGCACCAUAUCCAUUUGAGGACUUCAAUCAAUUAGUGAGAAUAUUC